CUAUAUUUAAUUAAAUUUCCAUAAAUUUAUUUUCAAUAUUAUUGAAAAAAAUAAAUGUUAUAAUAGAAUAACUAUUACAACAAUCUAGAAGAAUUUUUAAGCUCAUCACUUUAAUUUUUUUAAGUUCUCCACAUUGAUCUGAAUAAUCAGGGAAAUUAAAUUGAUGGAAUUGGCGCAUCAAACUUAGCUUCUGGUUUAGGAAAGUGCAUUAUUCUCUCAAAUCUAGCACUUGAUCUAAGGGGAAAUUAAAUUGGUGCAAUUGGUGGAUCAGACUUAGGUUCUGGUUUAGGUAAGUGUACUAACCUCUCAAACUUGGCACUAAAUCUUUAGGGAAAUUAAAUUGGUGAUUAAGGUGUAUCAGAAUUAGGUUUUAGUUUAGGAAAAUGCACUAAACUUUCAAAUUUGGCACUUAAUCUAUGUGGAAAUAAAAUUGGUGCAAUUGGUGCAUCAGGCUUAGCUUCUGGUUUAGGGAAGUGUUCUAAUCUUUCAAAUAUGACACUAGAUCUUUUGUAAAAAUAGUUUAUUUGGGGCGGUAUAGGAUUCGAACCCCCGAUAUCACUGCUAAGACCCUCCGACUCGCCCACUCGAGCCGCUUAGCCCUUCUAAAUUAAUGAUGAAGGUGCUUCACACUUAGGUGUUGGUUUAGGAAAGUGCACUAAUCUCUCAAAUUUGACACUUUAUCUUUAUGGAAAUCAAAUUGGUGAAAUUGGUGUAACAGGCUUAGGUUCUGGUUUAGGUAAGUGCACUAACCUCUAAAAUUUAACACUAAAUCUUUAGGAAAAAUAAAUGGGUGAUGCAGGUGCAUUAGGCUUAGGCUCUGGUUUAGGAUAGUGCACUUAUCUCUCAAAUUUGACACUUGAUCUAAGUGAUAAUUAAAUUGGUGCAAUUGGAGUAUCAGGCUUAGCUUUAAGCUUAGGAAAGUGCUUUAAACUCUCAAAUCUGACUCUAAAUCUUUUAGGAAAUUAAAUUGGUGAUGAAAGUGCUUCAGGCUUAGGUUUUGGUUUAGGAAAGUACUCUAAUCUCUCAAAUUUGACACUAAAUCUUUCGGGAAAUUAAAUUUGUGAUGAAGGUAUAUCUGACUUAGGGUCUGGUUUAGGAAAGUGCCCUAAUCUCUCAAAUUUGACACUUUAUCUUUAGCAAAAAUAAAUUUGCGAUGAAGGUGCUUCAGGCUUAGGUUCUGGUUUAGGAAAAUGCACUAAUCUCUCAAAUUUGACACUUGAUCUAAGUUGGAGUUAAAUUGGUGCAAUAGGUGCAUCAGGUUUAUGUUCUGGUUUAGGAAAGUGCACUAAUCUCUCAAAUUUGACACUAAAUCUAAGUGGAAACUAAAUUUGUGUAAUUGGUGCAUUAGGACUAGCUUCUAAUUUAGGAUAAUGCACUAAUCUCUAAAAUUUGACACUGCAUCUUGAGUUUAAUUAUAUUCGUGAAGAAGAUUUAUCAGGCCUAGGUAAUAGUUUUCGAAAGUGCACUCAUCUCUCAAAUUUGGUGCUUAAUUUAAAGAACAACAACAUCAAAAAAUCAAAAUAAUUGAAAAUAAAGAUCCUUAAAUCUAAAAGAUUAAUUGCUUUUAAAAUAUAGCAUUAAUGAUAAAAAAGUGGUGAAAUAAAACAAAUAAUAUAAAUAUAUUUAAAUACUUUAAUAUAAUAUGUUUUAUAUUUUAAUAUUCUGUAAUCAUAUAAAUUAAUCUAAAAUAUAG